CGAACUCCAUGGAGUCAGUUCCCGAUCUUCAAAUGUCAAUGUACAAGGUCAUUGAUGGGUAUCCUUGUGUCCGAUUGCUCAAUCUUUCUGGUCCAAUUGGUUGUUCAAAUCCUGGAAGACAAGUGGUCGUGGCCCCGAUUGUAAGAUAUCAAAAUGCUACUCAGUUGUCUCAGUCCUCUUCAAUUUUGGUGUCAUUGGAUGAAUUUCAAAGUUUCAUCACCAGAAUAUGGAAUGAUUCAAGUUUUGCUAGCAAUAUUGCUGGUGUUAUAGUUGAAUCAGGAACUGAAAUUCAAAAUAAGUUAAAAGGAUUCUCUCCUGCUCACAAGUUUCCACAAGCUGAAUUCGCUCCUUACCAAAACACCAACUAUGAGUGGAACCCAAUUGGAUCUGGUAUCAUGUUGAACGCCUAUAAUUUUCCUGUAUUCUUACUCUCUGAGAGUAGCACUUUGACCCUGGAGGAGGCAGCUACCAACAAUGAGAAGAGCAUGAAAGCUUUUACUGCUGAUGUGGCUGAGUUUGAUCUGGUGAUGCAGACAACAAAAGCUGGGACACAUGAUUCAGAAUCUUGUUUAAAAGAAGGGGCUUGCCUUCCAUUAGGUGGAUACAGUGUUUGGUCAUCCCUUCCUCCAAUUAAUGUUUCCUCUGAACAAUCUAAACCUGUAAUACUGACGGUUGCAUCCAUGGAUUCUGCUUCAUUUUUCCGUGACAAAAGCCUUGGUGCAGAUUCCCCUAUAUCUGGACUGAUUUCAUUGCUGGCAGCAGUUGAUGCACUUUCACGUGUAGAUGGUUUAGACGACCUUACAAAACAGCUUGUUUUUAUAGUUUUUACCGGAGAGGCCUGGGGUUACCUUGGUAGCCGGAGAUUUUUACAUGAGCUUGAUCUGCAGUCAGAUGCUGUUAGUGGUCUGAAUAAUUCAUUAAUUGAGAUGGUCAUGGAAAUUGGAUCUAUUGGGAAGGGCUUCAAUCAAGGUGUUAACAAGUUUUAUGCUCAUAAAACAGGGGCUUCAUCUGCCACAAAUGAGACAUUGGAUGCCCUAGAGCAAGCGCAAGAUUCACUGAAAUCUGAACACAUAAUCUGCUCAGUAGCAAAUGCUUCAAAUCCCGGAAUACCUCCAUCGUCAUUGAUGACAUUCCUGCAAAAGAAUUCUCAUACUUCCGGGGUUGUUUUGGAAGAUUUUAAUAGUGUCUUCAGCAACAAGUUCUACCAUAGCCACCUUGAUGAUACAUUGAAUAUAAACUCUUCAGCAGUAGUGGCUGCAGCUUCCCUUGUUGCCCGUACCCUUUACAUACUAGCAAGUGACAAUAAUACUUUAAGCAGUUCAGCUUUAACUGCUAUCAAUGUAAAUGUCUCACUCGUUGAAGAACUUAUGGGUUGCCUAUUGGGCUGUGAUCCGGGUCUUUCUUGCAAUCUGGUGAAGAACUAUAUAUCACCCACUAAUACCUGUCCAAGCCAUUAUGUUGGUGUUAUCCCUGAUGAGCCUUCCUCCACACCUUAUCUUGGAUAUGUAGAUGAUGUCUCCAGAUUCUUGUGGAAUUUUUUGGCUGACAGAACAUCUAUUCCCAGGGAGAAUUCUAGCUCUACUUGUUCAAAAGGUUGCAACAAUGGUGAGGUUUGUGUGAGAGCUGAAACAGAAGGAAAGGGAGUGUGUGUUAUCUCCACAACCAGGUAUGUUCCAGCAUAUUCAACAAGGUUAAAGUUUGAUUCUGAAGCUUGGAUUGUCUUGCCCCCAAAUUCCUCUGACCCAAUGGGAAUGGUGGACCCUGUUUGGACGGAGAGCAACUGGAAUGCAAUUGGGCUCCGGGUCUACACAGUCCAGAAUGGUGCCUAUGACAAUCUUGUUUUGCUUGGUGGUAUGGCCAUCACAGUCUUGGCAUACCUUGCAAUAGUAAUUACGCGAGCAUUCAUUACAAAAUCCUUGAAGCGAGACUGACAAGGUUUAAAUCAACAUAAAUUUUGAAGCGUACAUGUGUGGAAAUGUGAUGGUAAAAUACAGGAUUUGAUCCAUUGAUUAACUUGUUAUAGUGUUUAGAUAGUUGAGGGGAUGUUGCAUUAUUUGAGCUUCAUCCUUGUGCCAUAUGAACUUCACUGAAAUUAGAUCAAACCUUGUAUUGUUAUCUUACUAGUGUUAGAAAUGUAAAUGGGGUUGCCUAAUUGGAAAUGGAGCACAUUUUAUCCACUCGGAACAGGUGAUAAACUUAUGCACCUUUAAACGUAGCAAAUUA